AUGGGAAAUAAUUAAACUUAAAACGAAGGAAAAUCAAAAAGGAAGGAUCAUUUACAAUUACUCUUUAGCAAUAACAAAAAAUAGAUGUAUGAUUUAAUUGAUUUAAAUUUUAGUAUUUUUUCUAAAUUAUCGUAGAAAACAUUAUCAUUUCUGACUAGUUUUUUGAGUAUAUAAGAGUACCAUAACAUAUUAUUAACUUCAAAAGUUACCUAUUAAUUAUUUAUUCAAACAUCAGGUUGUUUUCAGAUUGAAUGUCACAGACUUUUAAAUAUUUAGGGAGAUUAAAUUAUUUCAUAAAAUUGGAAAAAAAUCAUCUAAAGCCUUGUAUUCAUUCCGAUUAAAGGGAUACCUUUCAGUGGAGCAAUUAAAAGUGUUCGGUUGUAGUUAAAAGAGCUUCCAAUUACAAUAGAAGAAAAAGUUAAUUAUAGUGGAUUUUAGAAAGCCAUUCUAUAUUUUAAAAAUAAAUCAAAUUUUAAUAAUUUAUCAUGUCCAUAUUAUGAAUAUUAGGAUUCAAUAUCAUUUGCUGUAAAAAAUUAAGAUUUGAUCUUAAGACUAAGAUAAGGAAUGGAAAUCUAUAUAUAAUUGCCAUAAUUGCUUAUGUAAAUUUACACUUUGCAUGAUUAUAUUAAAAUAUAUAGUCUAUAUCUGGAAAUUAAAUUUUUAAAAUGUAAUUUGUAAUAAUUUAUCCAAAUUUGGCAUCAUUAUAAAGGAUGGAUAAGCAUAUUAGAAUAAGAAACAGCUAGUUUAAUUGAUUAAUUUAAUAAUAUAAUCAAUACUGCUUUCCCUCAUAAUAUACUACCUAAUUAUACUAUUCGAUAAUUUAUGGUCAUUUAAUGGUUAAAAAAAUCAGAUAAAGGAGAAGUUAUUGUUAUGUUAAGAGAAGAAUUUAGAUUAAAAAUGAUUGAAAGUAGAAAUAAGAAUAUUAAAUUUUAAGAAUUGAGAGACUAUGUCUAAUAUUUAAUUGAUAUUAGUACAAAUUAAACAAAUAUUCAUUAAUAUGGAUAUUAUAAUUUUGAAUACUGUCAAGAAUUACAUAAAUUGAUAAAUUUGGCAGUAGAUUUAACUCCAUUACUGACAAUUGAUUAUUAAACUGAUGAAAAGAUUCUAAUUUAUAUAUUUGGCUAAUACAUUUAUGAUUAUCAUAUAUUUGAAUUGUUAUCCUCUUAUAGAAUUGAAUAAUUCAAAUAAUAAAUAAAAGAGUAUUAAUAAGACAGUCAAAAAAUGUCUAAAUUUUCUUUGAAAAACAUUGAAGAUUAACAAUUAUUCUCUAGCAAUAAUAAUUUAGAUGAUGAAAUACAAAGAUUUAAUUAUCAUUUAUCUAUGUAAUACAAUGUCUAAUUUUAAAUAAAAUCCUUAUUCAAAUCAAUUUCUUAUUAAAAUGAUGAUAAUUGUUCUUCAUAAGAAAUUGUUUAAGCAGAUAGUUUAUAGGCAUCGGCUAUAUCAUUUGCAUCUACUAAUUGCAGUUCCUUUUUUUCAAGCAGUAAAAAUAAUGAUUAGUUAUAUCAUUAUAUUAGAUAUUAUUAAACAGAAAUUUUUAACAAGAUUUAGCUAUUUUAUAAAAGGGAAAUAGCCAUUAGUCAAUAGAAACAAGAUAUUGGAUCACAAAAUUAUUAAAUUUAUGACAUCCCUGAACUUGGAUAAUAUUAGGAAUUAUAAUUUGCAUAACUAUGGGAAUUAUUUUAAUAAAGAAUGCAACAAUCUAAUCCAACAUUUAUGUCAGAGAAACGAUUAACAAUAUCAAUUUUUAAUUAAUAAUUAAAUCUACAGCAAAUUUGCACUAAGGAACUCUCCUAAGCAGAAUAGCUGUUGAUUAAUAUUCUUAAAUGA